GGCCUUCUCCACUCCGGGCCCGCUUGCACUCGCCAUGUCCUCGGUGUUCGGGAAGCCCCGCGCGAUCAGCGGGCCGCACAGCGCGCCCCUCGACGUCCACUUGGCCGUCCUGGGGCGCCGCGGGGCGGGCAAGUCCGCUCUCACUGUGAAGUUCCUGACCAGGAGAUUUAUCAGUGAAUAUGACCCCAACUUGGAGGACACCUACAGUUCCGAAGAGAUAGUGGAUCACCAACCUGUCCAUCUGAGAGUUAUGGACACUGCAGACCCGGACAUCCCCCGGAACUGUGAGCGCUAUCUGAACUGGGCACACGCCUUCCUAGUCGUGUACAGCAUGGACAGCCGCCAGAGUUUCGAGGGCAGCAGCCGCUACUUGGAGCUGUUGGCUCUGCAUGCCAGGGACACGCAGCACGGCUACCCAAUCCUGCUCCUGGGCAACAAGCUGGACAUGGCCCAGUACAGGCAGGUCACAGAGACAGAGGGUGCCGCCUUGGCCAGCAGAUUCGGGUGCCUAUUCUUCGAGGUGUCUGCCUGCCUGGACUUUGAGCAUGUGCAGCAUGUCUUCCACGAGGCAGUGCGGGAGGCCAGGCGGGAACUGGAGAAGAUCCCCCGGCCCCGGCCCCUCUUUAUCUCCGAGGAGAGGGUCCCACCACACCAGGCCCCACUGGCUGCCCGCCAUGGCCUGGCUAGCUGCACCUUCAACACGCUUUCCACUGUGAGCCUGAAGGAGAUGCCGGCCGUGGCCCAGGCCAAACUGGUCACUGUAAAGUCUUCCCGGGCCCAGAGCAAGCGCAAGGCACCCACGCUAACCCUACUGAAAGGCUUCAAGAUCUUCUGAGGGCCCCUCCUUGGACCCCCACUGCGAACUUGGAAGUGCUGAGGGACAGCUCUGGCCUGCACCUUUGUAUCUGUUGCAGCACUAGCCCAUGUCUCUUCUCUAGCAUCAUGGACAGUCCCUUGACCGUAUCCCUGAUCCCAGGCUGAGUGGGACUUGUUUCCAUGGUAACCAGAAUAUUGCAGUCCUCCCUGCUAAGCCUCAAGCUGGAGGCAGUGACAGUGUCUGUCCAGGUGCCAUCAUGCCUUCCUGCCACACUGGAGCAGAUGUGGGCCCUUGUGGACUCGAGUGGACAGCUGAAUCCCACUGCAGUGGACUGAGAACAGUGGCAGAGGAAGUUCAUUAUGAAAGCCUAAUGCCACCUCAUGUACAGGUGCUUCCCUAAGGACCCCACAGUUGAUCCCAGUUAAAUCUAAAGAAGGGAGUUCAGGGAGUAGGGAGACCUACAGAGCAUGUGUGUUUCAGCCCUGAGUUCAUCCUGGCACUACAUGAUUCCCUGAGCAUGGCCCGAGGAGGGUCUUGUGAGUCUUCCACUGCAUUUUCAGGCCCUGAUAAAAAAGAUGUUGGGGGGCUGGAGAGAUAGCAUGGAGGUAAGGUGUUUGCCUUCCAUGCAGAAGGUCAGUGGUUUGA